AGAAUGAAUGAAAAUGAGAUUAUUGAAGAACCAACAUUGGGGAUGGUUUUUAAAUCUCAAGAAGAAGCAUAUUCAUAUUACUCUAAUUAUGGGAUCCAGAAGGGGUUUGGUGUGAUGAAAAGAAGCUCAAAACGAGGAGAUGAUGAAGAAAAAAUCUAUGGGGAAGAACUCAUUUGCCUCCAAACUUUCCACAAAAACGGCUUAGUUGAAGAAGAUGUGAAAGUUGGCGACAUUAGAAAAGUUGUUACUUUUACUGUCCAUUUUGAUGAAUCUACUCAUGGAGUUAAUUGUGUUUGCCGCUUGUUCGAGUUCAGAGGAAUUCUUUGUAGACAUACCGUAUCGGUGCUAAUUGCAAGGAAAAUAAAUGAAGUUCAUCCUCGCUUUAUUUUGCCACGAUGGAGAAAGGAUCUAAAACGAAGAUAUACUUUAGUGAGAAUAGGAUACAAUCCUUUGAGUCAGCAAAUACAACGAUGUGAAAAAAUGUGCAAGGCACUCCAUGAGGUUGCCGUUAUUGCUGCGGACGAUGAAGAAAAAUUUGAGUUGGUGAUGAAAGGCAUACGAGAAUUAAAGUUAAAGAUCACCAAUGACGAAAAGAAAAUUGUUCAAACAUCUUUUUCACAGCCACAAGAUUUUGCUGAGCAACAAAAAGUGAUAAAUAGGACAAAUAAAGUAUUGAGUCCUAUGGUCACUCGAGGGAAAGGGCGUCCUGCAACAAAAAGGAAAAUUUCGAGAUUGGAAGUUGUGGUUCAAAAGCUGAAAAAAAAGAAUCAAAACAAGAAGCUUAAAGAGACCGAACCAAAUAGGUUAAAAUCCACAAAGGCAUCUACAAAAACAUUGGAAGCCAAUAGCAUAUUUGGUCCAAAUCCUUUUAAUGCUACAUUCAGUAAUAAUGUGGUUAAUCAAGUUCCAACUUAUGGAGAAUAUUACAUGCCAAGGCCACCAGAUUCAUGUAUUUACCCCAGAAAUAGUUCAAUUCAACCACAAGAAAAGGCUAAUCCAAUUUCAGCUUUUGGAGGGUAUUACAUGCCAAGGCCGCUUGCUUCACCCAUUUAUCCCGAGAGUAGUUCGAUUCAACUUCAAGAAAAUGUGUGUUCUAUUAUCAUUUUUACGGCUUACAUUACUAAAAGCAAAGUUCAAAUUAAUAAUUUUGGUCUUUUUAAUCCACUAUGGGGUAGAAGUUAUGCUAUGGGGAAUAAUACAUUACAGACAGAAGAUUUGACACAGGAAAAUCGAUGUUUUGAUUUAAAUAAAGAUCAGUACCCCACUACAUGA